UUGGAUUAGCCAUUCGUUUACACGGCAACACCGUGUUCGCACGUGUCCGUAUUACGUCCGUAUAUUUACAAAAUGAUUACCCACAACCGUUUAUUUGUUAUCUUCAUUUUGCAGUAUUUUGCACAAUUGACUUAUUCCCAACCGAGCCUGAAGUUCUUUCGAAAGGAUUACGUUUAUUUGGAGGAGCCAAAGGCCUUCUACAAGAUCCAUACGCUGCAUAAGUCGUGGAAUGAUGCUAAGGAGAAAUGCGAUAUGGAGGGAGCCCAGCUGUUUUACCCUGACGAUGAUGAUGAGGCCAUAGCUGUCAUCGCACAUUGGAACAGCACGCAGCCCUUUAGCUGGAUAUUUAUCGGAGUAUCAACACCGAAUGUUAAAGAAGUGUUUGAAACUGUAGACGGUUUUCCUGUAGCGGAAGUGUAUGACAGGUGGGGUCCUGGAGAGCCGAAUGAUGCUGGUGGAAUUGAGGGUUGUGUGGUGAUGCGUCGCGAUGGAACUCUGAACGACGACAAUUGCGCUAAGAAGUUUCCUUUCAUUUGCAAAAAAACCCUGGAGUCACUUGAGUGGAAUAAUUACUGUAAUAUUCCUGAUAUGGCAUACGAAUUCAACGAGAAACUGGGAAAAUGUUACAAAUUCCACUUGAACCCAAUGAACUGGACUGACGCGUACAAAGUGUGCGAUUCAGAGCAAUCCUAUUUAGCGAUCAUCAAUGAUGAUAAGGAGGCGGAAUAUAUGACUAAUUUGACGAGCAGAGCGCCAAAAGACAAGGUCGAAGGCAACUACUUACGUGGAGCUGUGCACUUAGGGUUCAAGAAUAACAAAGGAUGGAAGACUAUUAAAGGAAUGACACUAAGAGACAGCGGUUAUUCGAAAUGGGGGGGUGGUCAACCCGAUGGCGGAGACAAGGAGUUGUGUGGAUCUAUGUUCUACAACGGGCAUCUCAAUGACAUCAGUUGCGGACAAAAUAUGUUUUUCAUAUGCGAGCACGAAAUUGAUAUCCUUAGCACGGACUAUGCUCUAAGGUUUGGCGAAGUUUUCAAACCGGUUACAGCGUAAGCAUUGCAUGUUGCGAGUUUAGAUAUAAACCUUUCUACCCUGAUUCUCAAAAGACUCCUCUUCACGUUUGCUUAUGUACACAGUGAUAAUUUUUUCGUCGAACAUUGUCAGCCCCUUUAAUUUAUCCGAUUUCAGGUACUAAGCUAUCUUUAAGAUAAGAGUACUGCUCCAGUGGUACACAAUUAAAAAAAAAUAGUUAAGUUUAACUUGGCCUACAAUUAUUCAGCGUUUUGUAUAUUGAGUACAGGAUUUGAAACUAAAAUUAGGCCAAUUUUACUUUGACGAUACAGAAUUCGUUAUGCAUAAAAGAUUCCUCGUCUGCGAGCAAACAAAUCUUUUAGCAUGCCUGGUGAGCGACCCUCAUUUUAGUUUGCAUCGAUUGUGGCCAAUAUAUUCUAGGCUGUUUAAUGAAUGACUGUUUAUUUAUUUACCUAAAGCACAACCUCGGUGUUCAUCAUCAAGUAUUAAGAAAGAAAUGUUAUUGAUGCUGACUUUAUAUUAAAACAGAAUUGUAAAUAAAAUUUUGUAAUUCUAACACA